AUGGCCAAGAGCAACAACCAGAUCGAGAAGCUAGCCGAGGCUCCCGUGGAGUUCGUCAAGGACGGCACCGCGUUCAUCCAGAAGUGCAAGAAGCCCAGCAACCGCGACUUCCUGCAGAUUGUGCGCGCCGUUGGUAUCGGCUUUGUGGCCGUGGGCAUCAUUGGCUACGCCAUCAAGCUCGUGCACAUCCCUAUCAGAUACCUGAUUGUUUGA